AUGCUCCAGCAGCGACCUACAGCAGCUCUGGAGGACGAGCUCAGCUGUCCCAUCUGCUUUGAAUUUUUCCCGGACCCCAGGGAACUCACGGCACUGCUCUACAACCUUCCCGAGAAACUGGAGCUGGACACCCAGGCCCAGACCACAGCAGGACAGAUCAAGAGUGAGUUUGCGAAGCUCCGCCAGUUCCUGAGAGCGGAGGAGGAGGCCAGACUGGAAGCUCUGGAACAGGAGGAGAGCAAGAAGACCGGGUUACUGACUGAGAGGAUCAACCGCCUCACCGGCGACAUGACUUCCCUCUCUGAGAGAAUCUUAGACAUACAGCACAGGAUGAAAACAGAUGAUGUCUCAUUCUUGCAGGAUCCAGAGCCUUUAUCAGGGACACUGAUAGACGUGGCCCAACACCUGGGCAACCUGAGGUUCAAGGUCUGGGAGAAAAUGCAGAAAAUGGUUGAAUACACCCCUGUGACCCUGGAUGUAAAUUCAGCCCACGCUGAUCUACUGAUCUCUGGGGUUCUCCUGCAGGUGAGUGACAGACGGGUGUCCCAGCCUGUGCCUGAUAACGCUGAGCGAUUCGACAGCCUUGUGAGCGUGUUAAGCUCUGUGGGUUUCUGCUCAGGCAUUCACAGCUGGGAGGUGGAGGUGAGGCCUAAGAAAGCCUGGACUCUGGGCGUGGCCAAAGAGGGUGUAGCCCGGAAAGGCAAUGUGAUGGUCAGCCCAGAGGUCAGGAUCUGGGCGAUGGGGAUGUGGAACGGGGAGCAGUAUAGCGCUGGAACAGCCCCCCUGGGUACCCCGUUGGUUCUGAAGAGGAAGCCCAAGAGGAUCAUGGUCAAGCUGGACUAUGAGAAAGGAGAGCUCUCUUUCUAUGACUCCAGUGACAUGUCACUCAUCUAUACGUUCGAACACAGGUUCACAGAGAGACUGUUCCCUUACUUCUCUCCCUGUCUCAACUCUGAUGGCACUGACCCUGGAGUGCUGAGGAUCUGCCCUGAGAAGGUGUCUGUGACUGUGGCACCUAUUCACUGAGCAUAUAACCUGCUGAUUCUAUUUCUUGAUCACAUACUGAAUGGUCUGUAUUGGUAAAGUCUGUCACAGUGACUCCUGUGUAUUGGUUUUGUCUGUCUAUUGUUUUGUAAAUUGAGGUGAACAGCCUCACCUCCAGUGGUGACAUUGACGUCUGUGACACCAAUGUGUAUUUUGGAACUUUGUCUGGAGCAGAUCUAUUCUUUGCUGUUAAUUAAUUUACUGAGAACAAGUGUCAUGAUUGAAUUCCAUAAUUAUUGAUGUCAUGUUCAAU